UCAGAGAAUAGGGGGGUACUUGAAGGGGAGAAACUGACCGAUCAAGCUGAUUCUCAGGACAAAAACAGUGCGGAACAGGAUCCUCCAAGAGAAACCACGGUUGAAAAGCUCGGAAGAGUACAAGAAGGUGUUCCUAGACAGAGACAGGACUCAGAGAGACAGCAGCUGAGGGAGAGGACAAAAAAGCGAAAGGAGCUAGGAAAGGAGACUAGGAUGGAACCAGUAGAGGUCAGUCAGAGCAGAACAGAGCAGCAAGGGCAAGCGCGCACACAACUAUCCUCAGAACCCCACAACCUAUCACACCAUCCCAACACAAUACAAUCCAUACCCACAGCUUCCACCCAACCCCCAACCAUAGAAUCCCACAGUAUGUUACCAGGUCUCCCACCCCCACAGGCCCCCCAAACCACAGUGUUGGAAAGGAAACUGAAGGUAUGGUACACAAAUGCUGAUGGAAUAACAAACAAGUGGGAGGAGUGGCACGAAAGAGUCAGAGGCAUCACCAGACAUCAUAGCGAUCACAGAAACCAAGCUUACAGAGGUCAGUGGAACUCUCCCAAGACUCAAAGCAAGACAGGUGGUGCUGGUUGGACUCCAGUUGUUCCGACUUCUUCCACUGGAGGAUUUCGUUCACCAAUGCCAGGACAACCCAUGACUGCUGCAGGAGCCCAGCCUCCUGCAGCUCAGUGGAGUGGAGGCAUGCAGAUGGGUGCGGCCUUUUCUCAGCAACCCAUGCAGGGCAUGGGUAUGAGUAGUGGUGUAAUGGCAGGAGGGUUCCCAGCAGCUGGAGCUCAGCCAACUGUACAACCUGCUCAGGCUGCUCAGCCUGCUGGCUUUGACCCAUUCGGUGCCCUGUAACACUCUAGGUUCAUAAUAGAUGCAUAAUAUUGGCAGUAAUGAAGGAGAACAUCAGUCUUCUUUUGUCACCACGUGUUGAGUGUUGUGGCUUCAUCUAUGUGAUCCUUGCCUCAGGUUGUCUUCUGAGGCACUCUGAGAUACUUCAAAAUGUGCUAGUAGAGCUGAUUGCUGUCGUCAUGCUAAAUGCAUGUUGUAUUUUUCACUUCAAAGUGUAGAAUCUGUGAUGUUUUAGGAUGAACUACAUUGUUGGCAUGAUACAAAUUUCUAUGAUGGUAAUAGAUCAUUCAUCAAAAACAUAUGCCCAGAUCAUCACCCACAAGAACAAAAGAUUAAAUCAUGCUGUCAUUACCGAGUUGCCUGGUGUCCAUUUCUUCACGUAUAAUUGAUACAUAAAAUGUUCCAGAUGAUAUACUGCCAUUUAUAUGAUUACAAUUUGUCCACUCAAGACACACAAUUAACAACUAGGCUUCUAAUGUAUAGCAUGGAAUUAAUUUUAAGUAAUAUACAAAGGUGUAUUAUAUAAAUUGUACAUUCCAGUGUCUGUGAGCAAGAAGUUCAGCCUUGUGGGAUGUAGUGAGGUUGCUGUGUGGUGCAUCUUUUGUAUCAUAUUUAUUCUCUCUUGACCUCAGCACAGUACUGUGUACGAACAUUUUCUGCUAGGGUGAAAGGACAGUUAAAUGAAACUUGUUGCCUGCCUGCCUGCCUGCAUGUGUGUGUGUGUAAUAAACUGCCUCAUGGUCAAGACACUUCCUCAUGAUGGCCACUUGUGUAAUGCCUUCCAGUUCUCUCUUAAGUAUCAGUGAUCUAAGAAGAGAAAAUUAUGAUAAAACAGAAGAUAUUAUUGGAAUUGAGGUUUUGGCCAUCAAAAUAAUCUUUAGGGAGUUCAGAAGCAAAUAAAAAAAUAAACUUUGAGUGUGUUGGUGAGGAAAUAGCUUGAUUUUGUUGUAGAGUAGAGGCAAGACUGGAGAUCACCACACAGACAGAACCCAAGCUCUUAUUACUCAUAUCUAAGUAAUUAAAAACUAUAGUAGUUGUAUAUAGGAAAGAAUGAUAUUUGCAGUGGAAGUAGUUGAGAAGAUAAAUUGUGUGCAUUCCAGUUUGUGAGAUAGGCACAUAGUUAUAAUUUUUAAAGUAAAGGUGCAAGCCAAUACCCAUAUUUGCAUCCUGUAUGUGUUAUCAAUGUUGAAAUAUUAUUGUAAUGUCCUCCAGUUGGAGGGAUUACUACAUUGUUGGCUGAAGUGUAGAUAUGAAUACCAUCCUGCAGCUUCUCACCAUAAACACAGGAUGCCUUAAAUUGUCUUCAGAAUGUGUAUGUGGAAGCAUUUUUGUGUAUGUUCAUGUGUGUGCAUGUACAUAUGUCCACUUGCAGGUGUGUGUGCUUAUGUUUAUAUACCUGACAACCUUUGAUGGUAUGAGUGUAGUUACAUGAAGCUAUACUCAUGGUGUCUUCUCUCUGGUGUUUAGUUUACCAUAAUUAUUAUAAAUUUGCACUGGUUGUAGUACAUCCUGCCUCUUACCUUCUGGUAUGUACAGCGAUCUAACAUUAGUCAAAAAUGUUUUCUAACAUUUUGUUGUGUACUUUUUCUGUUUAUAUUUGUGGUCUCUUGUUCUUCCUUGGGUGGUGGUAAAAAAUCAAUGAUUUUUUUAGUGUCAUCAACAAAGAACAAGAGACCAGUUUAACAAAAUAUUGCAAGAAUGUUAGAAAGUUAUGUUGUUGAAAGUUACGAAGGAGAGAGAAUUUACUACAACAAUAAGAUAGCUUAAACUAUGAUAAACUAAACAUACUAACUGCAAAUGCAUCCUCACAAAUAUUGUGUCACAGACAAAUAUGUACAGAAACAUAAACACACAUGUAUAUGUAUGUACACAAGAUGUACACAUUAAUGCACAUGUACAUAUAAUAUGCAUUUAGUCUAUCAUGUUUACACACAAUACAUAACACUGGUACAUGAAUAUAUAUUUACAUGUAUGCAUUUUAUUUGCAAAUAUAAUGUUGAUAUUUUUCUUCAUAUUGGUCAUUAAACUGUAAGACUUGUGAUCUGUAAUAAACAAACAAUUGAACUGUUUAAAUUUGUUAUGUAAUGUCUAGGGGUGGUAAAUGUGAUCAUAGUUAUUUAUAAGUAGUAUUGGAUUAUGAAGGCAUCCCUCGUGUUUUGAUGGUAACUGUUAGGAAAUGCCAGCAUUAUUUAGUGAGUGAAAACUAAGGACCACAUUGUAACAAAAGUCUUAUGAAAAUUCAGGUCAAACAGAUAAAAUCUUGGCUUAAUGACAAGUAAAUACUGUUGUUGAAAAGGCCUGCUGUUUAAUAAAUAAUGAGAAGUA